AUGUCCGGAAGCAAUCGAUUCGUUGGCCUGCGUUCUACGAUAUGGAUAAUGACUGAACUGGGUCGAUUGCACUAUUUUCUUGGCGAAAAACAAAAAGCAGCCUGUUAUCUGCGACGUGUACAUAAUCUUGAUCCUGGAAAUGCCGAAUGUAUGGAUAUUCUUGCAUAUAUUAUCUCACAGGAGCAGCAAUCACAUUACAAAGAUUUGGAAAAUUUAGCAGCGGCACUCAUGGAAAAUCAUGAAAGUCCUGAAGCUUGGGUAGCAUAUGCUUUCUUGGCAAAAUGCCAAAAAAGAUAUGAAAAAGCAUUGGGUUUCGCUGACAAGGCUUGUCAGCUAUCACAUUAUCACAUACAUCCGAUGGGUGUGCUGGUAAAAUCGUUGAUUUUGAUUGAUAAAAGGAAAUUUGAUGAUGCAAUAUCGGAGCUACGCGAUGCGCUUGCCUUAUUGUUUCCGGAUCACAGUGAGCUCAGAUUUAUGUUCAACAGUCAUCAGAAAUUUAUGCUUUUUUUUCAGGCACGACUUGUUGCUUCUGCAUGUCGCCAUCAUUUGGGUUCGGAAAAUCCCCGAGCAUUGUAUCUCUGUGCAACACUUGCAGCAAAAGAUGAAUCAACUGUUAAGGAUGCCGAAAAACUUUUAGAAAAGGCAAUUGCAUUAUCGCCUCAUCUACUGGAUGCAGUAUUUGUGCUUGUCAAUUUAUAUGAUAAAACACAGAAAUAUGACAAAGCGAUUGCAUUGCUGAAGAAACAAACGGAGACAACAGUGAAUAGCCGUUUGCAUCAUUUGCUUGGCGAUUUUCUGACGAAAAUGAAUCGACCAAUUGAUGCAUGUCAUCAGUACAGGUUGGAAUCCUUAGUUACCUGGAAAUUGGUGUUUGAAUUAUAUCGAUUGUGUCGUUAG